AUGUCGCCGAUAGAAGGAGACACUAGCAGCCAGAUCAAUGGCUUGGCAACGCCCACACAUGACAGACCAUCAUUAUCAAAGCUCCGUGUUCCAGGGGUUAGAAUCGAGGACGACGAACGACCGCGCGGACACUAUGUGACAUUGAGUCAUUGCUGGGGGAAAGCAAAAUUCACCAAGCUAACCAAGGAAAAUCUGGAAGAAUUCAAGGAAGGUAUCUCGUUCAGCGCGCUCCCCUCAACAUUCCGUCAAGCAAUCCACUUCGCUCGCCGUCUCAGUCCCUCGAUCCGUUACAUAUGGAUAGACUCUCUCUGCAUCAUCCAAGACGACAAGGACGAUUGGAAUCGCGAAUCGGUGCAGAUGUACAGCGUCUACAGAAACUCGUACUGCAACAUAUCAGCGACUGCCGCCUCCGACAGCACACACGGUAUGCACUUCAGCCGGGACCCACAUCACCUAUGGGAGGAUGAGAUCAAUUUGAACACCGAGGGUAUUCCCCGACCGCUAGACGAGCGAAUACCUAAACACCAUCUCGGCCUCGAGCCACUCAUCCGCCGAUGCAAGAUCCAGGACGCAUCUUUCUGGGACCGGCAGGUCGACGAUGCGCCGGUGAACCGCCGCGCAUGGGUUCUCCAAGAGAGACUGCUAGCCCCUAGGGUCUUGCAUUUUUGCAAAGACCAGAUCGCGUGGGAAUGUCCGCACAUCGAUGCAGCUGAAAGCCAUCCCUAUGGUCGGACGCGGUUGAAGGCCCUCAUACCAGGCGAAUACGGGCCCAAAACGCUCGCUAUCGGACGCACAGAGAACGUAUAUGCAGCGCAUGAAGACUGGAAGAGCAUAGUGGAGCGGUACUCGCGGACCAGCCUAACGAAGUCCAACGACAAGCUCAUCGCUCUCGCUGGUAUCGCGGAGCUCACAUCCAAGCGCAUGGGUGACAGGUUGAUAUACGUGGCGGGCAUGUGGGAGAAGUACCUUGCCAGCCAACUACUGUGG